AUGUCUUUGAAGCCCCCCACCGGGAUGGAGGUGCACGUUGCCAAUGUUCCCCCCCAGAGCAACGAGAAGGCGUUGCGCAACUUCCUCAAGCCAUACCUUGCCAGUCUAAAUAUCACCAAUUUUCAUUGUCGGAAGAUCAGAGAUAAGCCGUUUGCUUCAUUGACGUUUCUCAACAUCGAUGAAGGCCAGCGGUUCUUGGCUCGUCAUGCCCAAACUCGGUCUGCUGUCCGACAGAAACCCCCACUCACCUUCUAUGGACGUCAAAUUUAUUUCAGCAAGAGUUAUCGUGACCCCGAUCAAUUUCUGCUUAGGACUCUUGCUUGGGAGGCUCAAAAGCGCGACACCCAUGCUUUCUCUAGUUACCCUGAGCGUCCGCCGCCCAGCCAGUUCACUCCUUUCGAAUUGCAAUGCCUGAAUGUUUUAUGCGGUGUCUGGAGCCCAGAGGGAACCGAGGUUGGCUUUGUGCCACAAUUGGGGUGGAACGAGGAUGCAGUCGCUGUUUUUGGGGAGAGAGUUAUGAUUUUGAAGCUAAGCUCUGGGUUGCGUAUUGACUUUCGAUAUUCCAGCACGCUAGAGAUCACCACAGAAGACGGAAGUGUCCCUGCUAUUACCUUCACGAUGUAUGAAGCCCCACGGUUCUUUGAAAACAUCCAGGAUCCAGUUGCAGAGCUCCUUUCCAAGCUUGACCUGUCAUCACACACAGCUCGCCCCCCCGUUAGCCGAAGGCAUGGCCCAACCCGCCAUCGGCUGCCGUCCCUCAAUAGUGAACACAGGACCAUCGUGGGGAACUGUCUUGUCUACCGCAUCAUACUCAGGCGGCAUCAAUAUACACCCUUUGGGUUGAUGAUGAAUGUCGGUGAAUCGAUGCAGGCACUCGCAAACGCUCCUGGAAUAUUCAUACCUGUUAUUCAUCAGCGAACGCCCGUUCGUAGGCCAUUGGAGGGCUACGUGGUAGGGCUCAAACGAUUGCAUACUGCGCUAUCAGCUUUGAGUUGCGAGCUUCCUUUUGUGCUGAAGUUUCAAGUCCAAAAGCUUGCACAGGACGGCUAUUUAUCUCCGUUCUUGGUUCUGGAUCUUUUACCUGAGUUUACCAAUAUGGCCCGCCGUUCCACUCCGACAGUAUGUGUGCAUACUCUACGCAAAUUUAUGAAUCGAAUUCAUUUUGUUCGGCCUGAGACCGAUAUAGCUGACUUCCAUCUUGAUACCCUGAUCGGCCUGUUACAAGAAAUCGAGGAGCAAUCCAAGAAAGAAGUAAAGUUCGGCUAUGAGGAAUCCAAAACGUCUGAGAACGUGGCAAUUAUCCACCGCGCCAAGGUCACGCCUACCAGUGUCCAAUUAUCUGGACCAGAGCCUGAAAGCAACAAUCGGGUGCUUCGCAAGUAUCUGAACUACCACCAGUAUUUCCUUCGAGUUCAGUUUUGCGACGAAGACUCUCAACCAGUUCGCUUCAAUUCCCGAAUCUCCAAUGAAAAGAUCUUACAUGGCAGGUUUAAGGAAGUUCUCGACACGGGAAUCGUUAUUGCUGAUCGUGUAUAUAAAUUUCUCGGAUUCUCCCAUUCUUCUCUUCGAGCCCAGUCCUGCUGGUUCGUGGCACCCUUUUACUAUGAGGGCAGCCUUCUCUAUGACCGGAUGAUCAUUGAUGACCUUGGCAACUUUUCGGCAAUUCGUUGCCCUGCAAAGUGUGCCGCAAGAAUUGGACAGGCAUUCUCAGACACUAGGACUGCUGUCAAGAUUGAUGCAGAUGCUUUGCAAAUCCAACUGGAUACGGAGAGGAAUGGGCGUAUAUUUAGUGAUGGAGUCGGCACAAUGUCUACCUCGAUGAUGGAAAAAAUCUGGGAACAGCUCCCCAAAAAGAAUCUCCCAAAGCCAACAUGUCUUCAAAUUCGGUUUCAAGGAGCUAAGGGUAUGAUAUCCCUUGACCCCCGUCUCCCACCAGGAGACGCACUGGUGCUCCGCCCAUCGAUGAUUAAGUUCGAAGGCUCGGAUUCGAUGGACAUUGAAAUUUGUGAAGCAGCUUAUAAACCGCUGCCUAUGUAUCUCAACCGACAAUUUAUUAAGAUAUUAGAGGACAUGGGAGUUGAAGAUGAUUUCUUCCUUGACCUCCAAGAAAAAGAAGUUCAGCGUCUCCGAAUUAUUACGGACAAUCCUUUGAACGCAGAAAAGUUCUUGAGCUGCCAGUCAAUUGGCGAGACUGUCCACCUGCCAUGGUUCAUUGCUGAGCUGGCUAUGCUGGACUUGGAUUUUCGAAGCGACCGUUUUCUCCGCGAUACGGCGGAAUUGGCGAUAUUAAUUGAGCUUCGGAAGCUGAAGCACAAGACUAGGAUACCUGUUGAGAAGGGAUAUCACCUUCACGGGCUGAUGGAUGAAACAGGAUUCCUAGAAGAAGGGCAGGUAUUUUGCGUCGUGACUGAAGAUGAAACUCCUAAGUACAUCACGGGAGCGAAUUUAAUUGUCUCGCGCGCUCCGGCAUUGCACCCUGGAGAUGUUCAACUGGUGGAGGGUAUCAUGCCGCCUAAGGAUUCGGCGCUGAUGAGUCUCACUAAUUGCAUUUGCUUCAGCCAAAAAGGUUCUCGUGAUUUACCUAGCCAGCUUAGUGGAGGUGAUUUGGAUGGAGACCGCUAUUACAUCAUGUGGGAUGAAAGAGCCAAACCGAAAACACGAUAUACACCUGCCGAUUAUCCAAGACAAAGCCCAGUUAACAUUGACCGGACGGUUAAUCGGUCGGAUAUGACGGAAUUCUUUAUUCAGUUUAUGGAGACCGAUCAGCUUGGCCGGAUCGCGGUCAUGCAUCGAGUACUCGCAGAUCAAAAACCAGAGGGCACACGAGAACCGAAUUGCAUCAUCCUAGCCGAAAUGCAUUCGACCGCCGUUGACUUCUCGAAAACAGGCAUGCCGGUGGAUAUGAGUCGAUUACCGUGGUGCAGCCCAUGGCGCCCUGAUUUUGAAGCACCGGGACCACAUGUUUCGAUCGAGAAAGCCGAUGGUAUCUCGUUUGAACCUACCGGUUUCCGAGAUCCACUAGAGGAAGAGGACAAUGAUGAUGAGUACGCCAGGUAUCGAUAUUAUGAGAGCCAUAAGAUACUUGGGAAGCUGUAUCGGGCAAUCGACGAGCGGGAGAUCUUCGACCAGAUUCAAAAACGCGCUCAACCCCAGGGUACCGACAGUCGGCCUUCUCUCAUGGACGAAGUUUGGAAAUAUGUCCAGAACAAAGUCCGAAACAUUCAAUGGGAAUACCUGAAGGUCUGGGCUUCGGAUAUUCGUGAUAUGUAUGAAGAUUGUGUCAUGAGCAUCAUGGUUGAAUAUGGCCAGCACCCAUCACGUCCUCUCUCUGAGCUUGAAGUUUUUGUCGGCGAUAUUCUCGGCAAGACCGGCGUACAGAACCGGCACCAACGCGAGCAAUCCAAAACUAUGAAGGAGCGAUUUGAGGAGGACACCACCUUCAUUGUCAACUGCAUCUUGAGAGAUGGAGAGGAAUGGUCUGACGAGGCUUUGGCGAGAAGCAUUGCAUGUCUGGCUGUGAGCUUGACAGACACCGGCUCCUCCAAGAGACGCGAAAACCUUUUGAGCUUCAAGUAUGUCGCUGCAGCAAUCUGUCUGAGAGAGGUGCAAAAAUUGCCUGGAUGGGAAGCCUUACCUUUGCUCGACAUAUUUGAGGAUCACCGCCGCCUGCGCGAAUAA